AUGCUCCCUCGGCCAAGCGUGCCAGUGUCGUCUGACUCGGACUCUUGCUUCGAAACCAUCAAAUCUUGGAUCAGGACUUGUGUAAAGCAUCAUCAGCUUUGCGGUUCCACUUCCUCGGAAGGGUCGUUCCUACCGACACGACUCGUCGACGUCACACCAGAUGACUGUGACGAAGAGAUAAGACUUGUGUCCACCAAGACUAUCUCAAAGUCAACCAAGUACGCAGCAUUGAGCCACUCCUGGGGCCUGAAGCAACAGCGCAUCAAACCGAUCCCGAAAACAACGACCAAGACACAGAAAACCAGACUACGUGGUAUCCCAUUCGGCGAGCUCACCAAGACAUUCCAGGACGCUGUCACCGCCGCCAGACAUUUGGGCUUGCGCUAUAUCUGGAUAGAUGCAUUGUGCAUCUUACAGGACGAUGACGACGACUUCGCCGAACAAGCUAGCCAGAUGGCAAAGAUAUACGGACAGGCCCAUCUGGUGAUCUCUGCACUGCGCGCGGCCACCGGCGACGUCGGUAUUUUUCAUCGUCGACACAAGCCAAAGAAGAUCACGCAUUCCUCUCGACGAGGUCCUUCGUUGACUGCGUAUGUGAGGCCAGUCCUCACCCACGACGACUUUAUCACCGGUGAACCACGUAAUUUCAAGUCGUCCCCUCUUUUUGCAAGGGCUUGGUGCUUUCAAGAGCGUCUACUGGCUCGCAGAGUCGUCCACUUUUCCGAGCACGAAAUAGUGUGGGAGUGCAACGAGGCGCUGGAUUGCGAAUGUCGCGCCAUUCGACCAGAUGCACUGGCUGAGACGAAUGGAAAUUUCAAGCGUCGACAAGCCGUCACACUCCGGAACAAGAAGCAGGAGCCACGAUUGAAGGCGUGGUACGACGUCAUCCGAGCGUACAGCGCCCGGACAUUGACCGUGGAAAGCGAUCGUCUGCCGGCUCUAUCUGGCUUCGCUCAGCUGGUCAAUUCACCAGAGCUGGGCAAGUAUCACGCAGGCUUGUGGGAAGGCCAGAUGCCCGCUGCGCUGUUGUGGCGACCGCUCCGUGCCCUACCAGAAGCGCCAGACGGUCGCGUCGAACGUCCAGCAGACUAUCGGGCACCGACUUGGGCGUGGCCGGCGGUGGUGGCCGUGAUAGAAGGGUAUGUCCGGUACAUGCCAGACUCAGACAUUGUCGCCAGAGUCGUAAAGGUCAAAUGUACGCCGUCCACGAGUGAUCCGUUUGGACAGGUGAAGAGUGGAUACAUUGUGCUUGAGGCACCCGUCGUCGACCUCCGCCUAGCUCGGACGAAGGAAAAGGAUUCGUGGCCGCAUUUGUACGACCUGGAGAAAGAUGGAGAGACGUCGAGGUUCCAAGCAGAUGUCAGUCUUAAAAAGAACUCCUCUGACCACGUUCGUUAUGGAACGCGUCUACGCUGCGUCCUGAUCGAGCGAUCCCACACUCAGCACCGGACCGCGUCGAUCGUUGUGCGGCAAGAACAAGAUUCCGAGACCGACGAUGUGCAUUGGUAUAGAGUUGGUUGGUUCAACUGUCCUCUGCAAUGGACUGGUGAGGCCCGACGCAAACGAAUCAAGAUUCUCUAGGAUUCGAAAGCUGUAAAGAUUCGAGAGCACCCAGACUGGUAAGAUAGUGGUCCGGCGAGAAUGGUUGAUCAAGCAUAAAGAACAGGAGACAAGUAGGUAGACAG